AUGGGUGAAUCGGUUCAGGAAAACAGUAAGAACCAGCCUGUAUUUCCUGAACCACUUCUGUGCCCUUUGUCCAGGUUCAUAUAUGUUCAUGAAGGCUCCAUCCAUCUCAAUUUCCAGUGCAGCCAGGCUUCUCUCACACUCAGCUACCACCUGAUUGACUGCAAGAGCCAGCAGAAGUGUUUCCUGGGUUUCCUUCUUGCCGUUAGCAUCUUGGUGACACUAUGUGACGCAGCCUGUUAUUAUCUACCAGCUCGCCCACCGAAACCUACUAUAGGUUGUAUUCAAGAUGGAAAACUAUAUAGAUAUGGUGCCACUUGGAUUAAGGACUGCUACCGUUGCAAAUGCGACCAGGGCGGAAUAGGCUGUUGCUCCAUCUUUGCUCAUCCUACUGUCUUUGAUGAAAAGAGAUGUAAACUCAUCUUCCAUAAGGAGUCCUGCAGCUAUUCGAUGGUGCAGAAGGACAAUCCCUCUAAAUCUUGUCCAUUCACAGGCAUGGUUGGUGGAGGAAUAACCUCCUUGGAAGAACCUACCUUCCAGGUUUAAGUCACUCAUGGAAUAAUUCCUUUCUUGGAUCCUAGUAAUUGUAGAUGUGUUUUAAGAUUUGCCACCAGCAUGCUGUACUUUCCCUGUCAACUGUGUAACCUUUCUUCAUUCUUGUAUCUUGGAGAUCAGCAUUGUUUCUAUAUAAUUCUAGGUCUGUCAUCGUAACUG